AUGGUGCGGAUGCGGUCAAUCCAGCAUAUUCUAACAGCAAUGAGUUACGUUAAUCCCAUUAUCCCGGGGUUUAAUCCCGACCCAUCGAUUGUUCGUGUCGAUAAAGACUUUUUCUUGGUCACAUCCUCCUUUGAAUACUUCCCUGGCGUUCCCAUCUACCAUAGCCAGGAUUUGAUUCAGUGGAAAUUGAUAGGCCAUGCAUUGACACGAACCAGUCAGCUUCAAAUUCAUACCCCGGAACCGGGAGGAGGAGUAUGGGCAACCACAAUUCGCUAUCACGGAGGUGUUUACUAUAUCAUCGCUGCGAGCUUUCAGCGUUAUCGUCCUCAACAGGAUGACCGAGUUUGGCCACAGGGGUUUUAUGUCAAAACAACUGAUAUCUGGAAUGAGAAGACAUGGUCUGAUCCAGUGUAUUUUGAUCAAGUGGGAUUUGACCAAGAUCUUUUUUGGGAUGACGAUGGAACCGUAUAUUUAUCGUCCACCUAUAGAAAGAUUCAGCCAACUAUUGGUGCUAAGCUGAAAGACUUUGCGAUUCAUAUAUGUACUGUUGACCUGGCAACCGGGCAUUCUACCUCCGCACCUAAAUUGAUCCGGGAAUCUUCUUCUGGUGUUGCCGAGGGGUCGCAUAUUUUCAAACGCGGUCGUUAUUGGUAUUUGUUCACAGCGGAAGGUGGUACUGAAAGUGGACAUUGCGAAUGGGUGAACCGCAGUGAAGUUAGCCCGUUGGGACCGUGGGAACUCGGGCCAAAUAACCCUCUCUGGCGCAAUGGCGUUGACGACGAAGUCCAAAACACCGGGCAUGCCGAUCUGGUUGAGGACACCAAAGGGCAAUGGUGGGCGGUGGUUCUAGGUGUUCGUCCUUCAAGACGGGGAGAUACGUGGGAAGACUCAGUGCUAGGCCGAGAGACCUUUCUAGUCCCCUUAGAAUGGAAAGAUGAUUGGCCUGUGAUCAACGGAGGACAGAAAAUCAGUCUCAAUUCCCAUGGACCUGGUCUUUACGAAUUCCAUACUCCAGUCUUCUGGAGAGAUGAAUUUUCGGACUCGCAAAUGCAGGUUGGAUGGUAUCGAAAAAACACGCCCUUUGUAACUGACUACUCACUUACCGAGCGCCCCAAUUACCUUCGUCUCCAUGGCGGACCUUAUAACCUGUCAGUGCCAGCCAGUCCAACCAUGUUCCUUCGCAAGCAAACCCACCACUUCUGCAGGUGGGAAACAAGACUCUCCUUUGAGCCGACGGCAGCCGAAACCGAGGCUGGCACUGUGGUAUGGUUAAAUUAUUUUACGUAUAGCAGCAUCGGUAUCCGGAAAGAUGGCAAGGGCCGUUUCAUCCGUUUUCGACCAUCAAAGGGCGACACCGUGGAGCGUAGAUUGGAUACAAAAACUGCUGUCACUCUCACAGUUGACUGUGGCACCGAGUAUCGAUUUGGAUAUCGAGAAGGCACACAACCCGAUGUCCAGUGGAUUGGGUCGGUUUCUAACAAUACUGCUACGGCAGCACCUCCGGUUGGGGCCAACUUUACUGGCAUGAUGCUGGGUCUAUAUGCGUUUGGAGAGCGCCAGCGAUGCCUGGCCCCAGCUGAUUUUGCGAUGUCCGAAACCUUGAAAGCUGACCAUCUAAUCCCUAUCUCCGAUGAUGCUGAGCAAAUGACGGACGACUGGUCUGGAUUGAGUGACCCGACUGAACGUCGUCGGCGACAGAACCGCAUAAAUCAGAGGGCUUACCGAAAGCGUAAGCGACUGUCAUCAACCAAAGACGUCCACCCCAAGAGCCUAGUACCACCCCCUCGUUCGACCUCUACCGUCCAGUCACAAGAUCGUUCUUCCCAAGACAAUCCGAAAGUCAACUUCUGUCGCAACCCCGAACUUUCACAAGAUCUUCUGCGGAGGUUUGCCAAGUCAGCGUAUGAAAGUUACGCACGGGGGGACCCGACCGCCGAUCAUCUUAUGACAUUGACGAAGGUUAACGUGUUUCGAGCAUUCGCUCAAAACCUGCGACUAAUCGGCUGGUCGGAGUACUGGAUGGAUGACGAUGCCAUUUCACUGUUCAACACAGCUCUGCCACCAAGGCCACCUCGCCCGGACGACAAUAGUCUCAUUCCAGCCAACCUGCAGCCAACUCGAAUUCAGAAAUCGAUACCUCAUCACCCAUGGCUGGACUUCUUUCCUUUCCCCAAGAUGCGUGAUAACCUCAUCGAAGCCGGGGAUGACUGGGAUGACGAGCAGCUCUGUCACGAUAUCAUGGGUUUCUGGGGUGAAUCAACGAUGGAUGCAGGGAUGCUAGUUUGGGGAGAGCCUUGGAACGUGCAGAACUGGGAGGUGACCGAGCCAUUUUUGAAAAAAUGGCAAUGGGUUGUUCGAGGGUGCCCCGAAUUGAUGGACGCAACAAAUAGUUGGCGUGCCCGUCGAGGGGAGAGACUAAUAUUCCGCUAUAUCUGA